GCUAAUGAUAUCAGACUGGUUAACCAGCAGCCACAAAGUUCUGUUAACUAACAAACAAGAUGACCAACAGUCAUAAAUGGAUGUUAUAACAUGAAUACAUCAUCUCCAUGAAAGAAAGAAGAAGACGUCAGAUAACUCGCUUUUGAGAACAACAUGUACUCAGUCCCAGCAGAGCCAAGCUGAAUGAAGGACUGUGUGCUCUGUCCUGCCCAGUGUCACAAAUCAUGCUGGUUGACUGGAAGGAAAACAAAGCUUGAGACCAAAGAUGAAGGCAGAGAAGGAUUCUCCUUCAAAAGCCAGGAUAAUUUCACAGAUUUUAUUGCUUGCGUGUCUUGGUUUCUUCGAUUCAGGUGGGGUGCUGGCAGUGAAUAUGACUAUCCCCAACACUCUCAUUAGAGGUACAGUAGGAGGGGAGGCCCUUCUGUCAGUCCGCUAUGUUAGCUUCAGUCUCGACCUGCCGGUGAUCAAGUGGCAGCUCAAGAGAGAAAAGUCUGUCACUGUUGUCCAGUCGAUUGGAACUGACAUUAUUGGGACCCUGAGGCCUGAGUAUCGUGACCGCAUCCUGGUAUUUGAGAAUGGGACUCUGCUUCUCCACAACCUCAGACUCUCUGAUGAAGGGACUUAUGAUGUGGAGAUCUCCAUCACAGAUGAUACCUUUACAGGAGAGGGCAGCAUCGCACUCACUGUGGAUGAGCCUAUAUCCAGGCCCUAUAUCCACAUGGAGGCUUCAUCAGUGCUGGAGCUCAGCGAAAACAUCAUCCUCAACUGCUCUCAUGACAAUGGAACCAGGACCACAUACAGGUGGUUAAAAGGUGGAAAACCACUGACCAAUGUGACGAGGUUUGUGUUGUCACCUGACCAGAAGUUCUUGACCAUAACACGAGUGUUGAUGGCAGAUGAUGACAUCUACAGCUGCGCAGUGGAGAAUCCCGUAGGCAGCAUGACGAGCCUGCCCAUCAGACUGACUGUCUACAGAAGAAGUUCCCUCUAUAUCAUCCUUUCCACCGGAGGCAUCUUCCUCCUGAUCACCUUGGUAACAGUAUGUGCCUGCUGGACGCCUUCCAAAAAGUCAAGACAUCCAACAAGAAAGCCUCUCUCCAGAUUUUAUGACGACUCUCUUCAGUCACCAAUCAAUCACACAGAUGAAGCACUUCCAAAAAUGACACAGCAUAAUGGAAAGACUGCAGUAACGUCACUUUAUAUCCUGCAGCAAAAGGAUCCUUCCAUGGAUGACUCAUCCAGCAACAGCAUUGGAUCUGCUUCUGAACUUGACAACCCACCAUGCUACACCAGUUCCCCCAACUACACUGACUGUUUUACCCAGUCUAAUGGCUCCCCUGCCCGUUCUUCCCACAAGUACACCUGAAAGCCUGUCCACUCCAUAUCGAAGGAAGCUGCAAAUCAGACCCACCUAUUGUAUACUGCUCCUGACUCUUGGAUGGCAACUUCUGCACAUCAGCCCACAGUUUGGGAAUGAUCUCAAAAACCAGUGUCUAGAGUUUUACAAUAAUGUCAGUACUGCGUGUUAAUAUGUUUUUAUUAAAAUAAGCAGUGUGACAGACACAUUUUUAAAUGGCUUUGAAACCUGGAUUUGGGUUUACUACUCAACACUGUUGUUGUUUGUGGAACGACAAAAUCCAAAAUUUGGGAAAUUGCAUGGAGCCUGCAUGAACCUGGAAUGGGGUCCAUAAGAUGCAGCUGUCAAACUGUAGUGGGAUAAAGUAAAUGGCCUGUCAAUUAAGGCAAAUGCCCCCUGUCCCCAAAGUCACCACCAAACAAAUAUUAAAAAGAAAUGAAACUACAGAAGCUGCUGAGACACUACCUUUAAACUAUGUAUUUCUAGGGAGAAGUUGGGGAUUACAGACCUUAAUGCAGUCUGACUUUUCUCGAAGUCAACAUCUAGUACCUCUGCUAUCGCCUCACCUUCAGCUGUGACGAUUGCUGCUUAGGUAGCUCCAGUAAUAUUUCACCCUCAGAUACCCUCCUCCCUGUGAAUUAAUAAAUUACUCUUUUGUCAAGGUCUUGAUUGGGUGGGUGGUUGGGUAAGUGUUUGUUUUUUGUACAUGUGAUAAUUUCUGUAGAGUUCAGUAAGGUCCAGCAGUUACUUUGUGAUAUUUUGUGAAAUUAUGUAAUUCAUUAUUUUAGUUCUACUACAUGAUUUAAUAGUAUUUUCAUUGAGUAGGGAGACAAAGUCAUUGUGGAGGAGGGGCUAUGGUAUUUUAUACAAACU